CCCCGGCGCAUGCGCGAAUGUCUCCAAGAUGGCCGCUGCGGCGGCUGCAGCGGCUGCACGAGCGGUUCCUGUGAGCCCUGGGCUUCGGGCCUUGAAACGGACACGGCCUCUUGUAGUGAUUCUCGGGGCUACCGGCACUGGCAAGUCUACCCUGGCGUUGCAGCUAGGCCAGCGGCUGGGUGGCGAGAUCGUCAGCGCCGACUCCAUGCAGGUCUACAAAGGACUAGACAUUAUUACCAACAAGGUUUCUGCCCAAGAGCAGAGAAUCUGCCAGCACCACAUGAUGAGCUUUGUGGAUCCUCUUGUGACCAAUUACACGGUGGUGGACUUCAGGGACAAGGCAACUGCUCUGAUUGAAGAUAUAUUUGCUCGAGACAAAAUUCCUAUUGUCGUGGGAGGAACCAAUUAUUACAUUGAGUCUUUGCUCUGGAAAGUUCUUGUCAAUACCAAGUCCAUGGAGGUGGGUGCUGAGCAAGUGGUUGACCGGAAAGUAGAGCUGGAAAAGGAGGAUAGCCAUGUGCUCCAUAACCGCCUACGCCAGGUGGACCCAGAAAUGGCAGCCAAGCUGCACCCACACGACAAGCGCAAAGUGGCCCGGAGCUUACAAGUGUUUGAAGAAACGGGAAUCUCUCACAGUGAAUUUCUUCAUCGUCAACAUUCAGAGGAAGGUGGUGGUCCCCUUGGUGGCCCUCUGAAGUUCCCCAACCCUUGCAUCCUGUGGCUUCAUGCUGACCAGACAGAUGAGCGCUUGGAUAAGAGAGUGGAUGACAUGCUCGCUGCUGGCCUCUUGGAAGAACUAAGAGAUUUUCACAGAUGCUAUAAUCAGAAGAACUCUUCGGAAAAUAGCCAGGACUAUCAACAUGGUAUCUUCCAGUCAAUUGGCUUCAAGGAAUUUCACGAGUACCUGAUCACUGAGGGAAAGUGCACACCAGAGACUAGUACCCAGCUUCUAAAGAAAGGUAUCGAAGCUCUGAAACAAGUAACUAAGAGAUAUGCUAGGAAGCAAAAUCAAUGGGUUAAAAACCGUUUUUUGAGCAGACCUGGUCCCGGUGCCCCCCCAGUAUACGGCUUAGAGGUGUCUGAUGUCUCGAAAUGGAAAGAGUCUGUUCUCGAACCUGCCCUUGAUAUUGUGCAUAGUUUCAUCCAGGGCCACAAGCCUGUAGCAGCUCCAGUAAAGAUUCCAUACAAUGAAGCUGAGAACAAGCGAAGUUACCAUAUGUGUGACCUCUGUGAUCGGAUCAUCAUUGGGGACCGAGAAUGGGCAGCGCAUAUAAAAUCCAAAUCCCACUUGCACCAAGUGAAGAAAAGAAGGUUGGACUCAGAUGCUGUCAAUACCACAAAAAGCCAGACUACUUCCUGAGACUGUGAUACCGAACCUAAAGAGAAGGGAUCCCCAGGACAGAAUGAUCCAGGGAAUCUGCAGAGGCGCUGGGGAUCAGCAGAGCAGGGUGGUCUGUCUGGUUGUCUCCUGUGUCUGGGCUAAGGAGCGCUGUGCAGAAAGCCCCACCAUUUCCUUUUAUUCGGUAGUGAGGUCUCAAAAGUCUUGUGUUGGGGCUGGGGAUUUAGCUCAGUGGUUCCGACACCUGCCUUGCAAACUCAAGGUCCCAAGUUCAAUCCCCAGUACCAAAAAAAAAAGUCUUGGGUUUUCUGUGAUGGAAACAGCAGGUCUUCCAGCUCCUGUGGCUGUUGUGUCUGGUGAUGGUGUAAUUUAAGAGUGGGGUUUUUUUUCCUUUGAACCUUAAAGUUUCUGUAUUUGAAAGAGAUAAGAUUCCACAUUUUUAUACUUGAGGAUCUUUUCUCAUAAAAGAAGUUUUUUGUCCCUGACGCUGACUAAAAAUAUCGAAUUUCCAGAUGCUUUUGUAGAUGACAGAAGUAUUGUAAGCCACAAAUCAGGAGUUCUAGAUUUGAGGGAAUGGCAGGAAAGGACCAGCCCCAGUGAGGUGAUUAAGUAAACUAAACCAGCUCUCGGAAGUCCACAGAGGAGGAAAUCAGAUCGAGAUGACUGUGACCUGGGAUUUCAAGCUGAAAGACUGAAAUCUGUUGAUCUCCCCCUGUGUGAUAAUUGCUAUCACUGCUGACUUCAUAAAGUAGAAAAAUAUGUUUUUAUUGAAAAUUAAAAUAAAAGCUUUGUAAGAUCCUCCAAGAAAGA